AUGGCGGCGGUGGCGGCGGUGGCGGCGGGGCGGUGGCGGCGAGGGGCUCGGCUGAGCGCGGCGGCGGCGCUGGCGCUGCUGUCCCUGGCGCUGGUGACGCUGACAGCCGGCCGCGGCGGUGGCGGUGAGGGGCGGCCGGCUUCCCCGCCACCGCUGCCGUCGGGCUUGCGGGAGGAGCUGCGGCAGAGACGGCGCGACCUGCAGCGCCUGGCGGCGGCGGGCGGCGGGGAGGAGGCGGCGGGCGGGCUGGGCUGCGGCGACCUGAGCCUGGCCAGCGGUGUCAGCGUGCUGGGCUGGGGCUUCACCAAGGUGGUGGCGCGGGCGGCGCUGGCGGGCGGCGGCGCCGUCGCCCUGAAGUCGGUGCACGGGGCGGGCCGGGAGGUGCGGCAGUGCGUGCAGCGGUACGGGGCGCCGGCCGGCUGCCGCCGCCUGGCCGCCUACAAGCUGCUGAAGGAGGUGACGCUGCUGAGGCGCCUGCAGCACCCCGGCAUCGUCCAGCUGCACGGUCAAUGCUAUGAUAAUAGCGGAGAUUCUGAGUUACGAGUCACAGCUAUGCUGGAGCUGGGAUCCCCCCUGGAGAUGAUUCAGCUUCUGCAGACCCCCUGGGAGGAGAGAUUUAAAAUUUGCCUGAGUCUUGUGAAACUGCUGUUUUACUUGGCACAUUCCCCCCUGGGUUCAAUAGUCCUCUUGGAUUUCCAGCCGAGGCAGUUCGUUAUGGUGGAUGGAAACCUAAAAGUGACAGACAUGGAUGAUGCCAGCACUGAGGAGCUGUCAUGCAAGGAAGAUAAUGACUGCACACUCGAGUUCCCAACAAAAAGCUUCCCUCUCAAAUGCUCUGCAGUUGGGAAAUGUGAAGGAAUAAAUGAAAAGAAGAAUCUUUUCAAUGCAUAUCGGUAUUUUUUCACCUAUCUUUUGCCACAUUCUGCACCACCAGCUUUGCGGCCCUUUUUGAGCGAUAUUCUGAAUGCAACAGGUGAUUUAAGAUAUGGAAUAAAUGAAACCCUGAGAGCUUUUGAAAAGGUUUUACAUCUAUACAAGUCAGGGCUCUAUCUGCAGAAAAGACCCCUUCUUCUAAAAGACUACAUCUCCCUAAAGGGCUUCCGAACGGUGGAAGGAGAAGACUACAAGUGCUGGCCCUCCUAUAGCCACCUGGGGUGCUUGCUCUCCAUUCAUGGUGCCGAAGAAGCCGCUGCAAUUUGUAGCUCCCAAUCUCAGUGUCAGAGUUUUAUUGUCACCCAGCAGAGGACGUGGACAGGACGCCCACUCGCCUCAUUUCAGAGUAGCCCGACUGAUUUAGUACCAGAUGCUAACGCUGUAGUCUAUAUUAAAAGAUCGGCCUCCUUAGGGGAGAGACUUUUAAGACAAUGA